AUGGCUACUCGCUCUGCUGUUCUCCCACGAGCGAAUGAUCGCCGCCCAGGGUAUGCUGUCAUCAACACAGAACCGCCCGCAUCGCACUCUCAUGCUGCUCCUACAUAUCAAGAUCGGUACCGCGAGUCUUCGAGGACUCCAUCUGCCCCAGGUCCAGGGUACGUCACAUACAACUCGAUCGGUAUUCCUACAUUCCACCCAUUUGAACGGCCAGCGGAGCGCCUGGUAGCGAUCAGAUCGUUGAGUGGCACAGAAGGGAACAACUCGAGGAAGGACAACGAGGACCGAGACCGAAUGGGUUUGCCUCAACAAUUCCAGCGCAGCUUCAAAUCACAAUGGGCCAGGGUUCCCCGGUUAGGACUCCUUGGCUUUGGAUGCAUGAAUCUGGCGAUCUGGGAGCAACUUAUCCUCUUACUCCCCCUCGCCUUACCGCACGGCGGCAUUGGAACGAUUCUCGUGGCCUUUGUUGUCAUUUCAGUACUGUAUGGCUGCAUCAACACGAGCCUCGCCGGCAUGGCUCGAGAGUACCCCACAUACGCUGGGCCUUUCUACUGGACGGCUGCGUAUCAGACAUCAUGGACGAAUUCCGGGGCCCGGCACUUGUUGAGCUGGUACUGUGCGUGGAUGAGCUUUCUGGGGAUGAGCAUCAAUCUCGUCGUGAAUAUGUACUUCAUUUCGGAUGUCGCGAUCUUUCUGUUUACUCUGGCCAAGACGGAAUCAAGGUUCUUGUAUUCAGACAAAGAACCUGAACACCACCUGAGGGUAUCUUGGGCACUUCCAGUCACCAUCGUCAUUGCAACUGCCGUUGCUUACAUCCCCAACUGGAUCAAUGUCAAGCACCUCCCAAGGCUGCACACGUGUUUUGCCGUUUUCCAUUGGCUCGGAUUCCUGAUUUUCAUCAUCGCCAUCCCGAUUCUCUUCAACAAAACCUCCGGUCUCAGUAUGACAGUCUAG